AACCACAGUCAGUGGGAACUGUACAGGGAUGUGAUGUUAGAGAACUACGGACACCUCCUUUUCUUGGGUCUUGUUGUGUCAAAGCCAGACCUGGUCAUCUUUUUGGAACACAAGAAGGAUGUCUGGGCCGUGAAGAGAAAGGAGACAGUAGCUACACACCCAGGACAUCAAAGAAUUCAUACUGGAGAGAAAACUUACCAAGAAAAAGAAGGUGGCAAGUCCUUUAUCUGGUCCUCCUCCCUUUCAGGACAUCAAAGAAUUCAUACUGAGAAACCUUACCAAUGCAAAGAAUGUGGCAAGGCCUUUAACUGGCGCACAGCCCUUAGGAGACAUCACAGAAUCCAUACGGGACAGAAAACUUACCAAUGUAAAAAAUGUGGCAAGGCCUUUGUGAACUUCUCAAACUUGACACAACAUCGCAGAAUUCAUACUGGAGUGAAACCUUACCAAUGCAAAGAAUCUGGCAAGGCCUAUAUGCGACAGUCAAGCCUUACCAAACAUCACAGAAUUCAUACUGGAGUGAAACAUUACCAAUGUAAAGAAUGUGGCAAGGCUUUUGGGUCCUUCUCAAACUUGAAACAACAUCGCAGAAUUCAUACUGGAGACACAGUUAAUAGUGGAGAGAAACCUUACCAAUGUAAAAAAUGUGGCAAGGCCUUUAGCUGGCUCUCAGCCCUUACAGUACAUCACAGAAGUCACCCCGGAGAGAAACAUUACCAAUGUAAAGAAUGUGGUAAAGCCUUUUACUGGUACUCAGCCAUUAAGUUACAUCAGAGAAUUCACAGUGGAGAGAAACCUUACCAAUGUAAAGAAUGUGGCAAGGCCUUUAGCCAGAAAUCAAACUUUAAAGGACAUAAAAUAAUUCAUACUGGACAGAAACCUUACCAAUGUAAAGAAUGUGGCAAGGCCUUUACCUGGUCAUCAGUCCUUAAGAUACAUCACAGAAUUCAUAGUGGAGAGAAACCUUACCAGUGUAAAGAAUGUGGCAAGGCCUUUUACUGCCCAUCACAUCUUGAUGUACAUCACAGAGUCCAUACUGGAGAGAAACCUUACCAAUGUAAUGAAUGUGGCAAGACCUUUAACCAGAAAUCAUACCUUAAACAACAUAAAGUAAUUCAUACUGGACAGAAACCUUACCAAUGUAAAGAAUGUGGCAAAACCUUUAACUGGCAAUCAGCCCUUAAGUCACAUCACAGAAUUCAUAGUGGAGAGAAACCUUACCAAUGUAAAGAAUGUGGCAUCGCCUUUAGCUGGCUCUCAGCCCUUACAGAACAUCACAGAAUUCAUACUGGGGUGAACCCUUACCAAUGCAAAGAAUGUGGCAAGGUCUAUACGCGAUAUUCAAACCUUAGCAGACAUCAUAGAAUUCAUACUGGAGUUAAACCUUACCAAUGUAAAGAUUGUGGCAAAGCCUUUAACUGGCAAUCGGCCCUGAAGGCACAUCACAGAAUUCACAGUGGAGAGAAACCUUACCAAUGCAAAGAAUGUGGCAAGGCUUUCAUCCGGCCCUCAGCCCUUACAGUACAUCACAGAAUUCAUACUGGAGUGAAACCUUACCAAUGUAAAGAAUGUGGCAAAGCCUUUAACUGGCAAUCGGCCCUGAAGGCACAUCACAGAAUUCACAGUGGAGAGAAACCUUACCAGUGCAAAGAAUGUGGCAAGGCCUUCAUCCGGCCCUCAGCCCUUACAGAACAUCACAGAAUUCAUACUGGAGUGAAACCUUACCAAUGCAAAGAAUGUGGCAAGGCGUAUCCGCGACAGUCAAGCCUUACCAAACAUCACAGAAUUCAUACUGAAGACUGA